AUGACAAGCAUUUGUCGGCAGCUCGUCCCACUAUUGGCCGUAUUGGUCCUCGUAGAGAUCCAAAGUGGAUUGGCAGGACACGCUCACAGCUUUGCGCAUUUUCACGGACCGGUCGAAGGACACGGACGCGAAAUAGUUGUUCACGAUAAGCACGGCCAUCAGCACGUGGACUACCUUGCGCAUCCUAAGUACGAAUUCGCAUACGGGGUCGAGGAUCAUCACACUGGAGAUUACCACGGACAGAAAGAACACAGAGACGGAGAAAAAGUUGUCGGCGAAUACACCGUCAAAGAGCCGGGCGGUAAUGUCAGAAUCGUGAAUUACCACGCCGAUCCGCACGGAGGAUUUUUUGCUCACGUCCGCAACUCCGAUGGCAAUAAUCAUCACGAUGGCACAUACGACGGUCGCGAGCAUGAACGCUACUGA